AUGUCCUACAACUGUUCUACAAGAAACUGCUCUUCCAGGCCUAUUGGAGGACACUGCACUGUCCCCGUGGCUCCUGCUGCCACAGCUUCUUCCCAAGAUGCCGACUGCCUGAGUGGUAUCUAUUUGCCCAGUUCCUUCCAGACUGGCUCCUGGCUCCUGGACCACUGCCAGGGGUCCUCCUGUGAGUCCAACUCUUGCCAGCCAACCUGUUACCAGUCCAAUCCCUGUGUCUCCAGCCAUGGACAGGUGACCUGCUCUCGGCAAACCACCUGUGUCUCCAAUCCUUGCUCAACCACCUACAGCCGGCCACUCACCUUUGUCUCCAGUGGCUGUCAACCCCUGGGGGGCAUCUCCACUGGGUGCCAACCGAUGGGAGGAGUCUCCACUGUCUGCCAACCAGCCUGCGGGGUCUCCAGGACGUACCAGCGGUCCUGCAUGUCCAGCUGUCGAAGAACUUGCUAA